CACGUCACACCCACCACGACAGUAAGCACCACAAUGGCCGCCUGCAUAUUCUGCAAGAUUAUCAAGGGAGAAAUCCCAUCCCUGAAGAUCUUCGAGUCCGAGAAGACACUCGCCUUCCUUGACAUCGGGCCCCUGAGCAAAGGACACUCUCUCAUCAUCCCCAAACACCACGGCGCCAAGCUGCAUGACAUUCCCGACGACCAGCUCUCCGAGGUGCUGUCCGUGACGAAGAAGAUUGCCAUUGCGCAGGGCGUCGAAGACUACAAUAUCUUGCAGAACAAUGGAAGGAUUGCGCAUCAGGAGGUCGACCAUGUGCAUUUCCAUUUGAUCCCCAAGCCGAAUAGGCAGGAAGGGUUGGGGAUCGAAUGGCCGACGCAGAAGGCGGAUCCGGGCGAAUUGAAGAAGUUGUUGGAGGAGAUUAGGAGUAAGAUGUAGAGAGCUGUUACGUGAUCAUGUAGUGAAGUAUGGAAGCGGACUUGAUGGUCUACUGGUCUGUCUGCUCCGCUCACAAACACGACGUUCGCUACAAAACGUGCUCUCUUCCUUCUCGAAACUUGCGGACUCACUCCCCCUUGAAGACGGCCUUCCUCUUCUCCCUAAACGCCGCCAACGCCUCAUCUCUAUCCUUCGUCUUAACAACCAAUUCAUACGCCGCAUUCUCCGCCUUCUCCCCCAACACACACCCCUCGACCGCGGCCAAUGCAGCCCGGAUCGCGAUAGGUCCACCCUCGCAUAUUGUGAUAGCAAGCUGCACCGCCUCGUUCAGCACCUUCUUCCUCGCCUCGCCCUCCUUCGCCUGCUCCUCAGGCGUAAUCU